AUGGUUUUCUAUGGAAGUAGGAUGAUAAGCAUCAAAAUGCGAUCGGUGAAUAAGAUUCUGACCAUGGCGAGCUAUUCCACUAAAAUCGCGCUGAAUGAGGUGGUGAUAGCAUCUGCGGUAAGGACUCCUAUGGGAUCCUUCAGGGGCAGUUUAUCUAGUCUAUCUGCAACGGAAUUGGGCGCAGUUGCUGUAAAAGCCGCUGUCGAGCGAGCCGGCAUUCCUAAAGAAGAAAUUAAAGAGGUGUACCUUGGUAAUGUAUGCUCCGGGUCUUUGGGUCAAGCUCCAGCCAGACAGGCUGUAAUUUUUGCCGGCCUUCCAAAAAGUACAAUUUGUACUACAGUAAACAAGGUAUGUGCAUCAGGCAUGAAAUCUGUAAUGCUUGCUGCUCAAGGCCUACAAACUGGAGCCCAGGAUGUGAUCCUAGCGGGUGGUAUGGAAUCAAUGUCCAACGUACCAUUCUAUCUAAAACGAGGGGAAACUACCUACGGAGGCAUGCAACUAGUUGAUGGCAUUGUAUUUGAUGGUUUGACUGACGUUUACAACAAAUUUCACAUGGGGAACUGUGCUGAAAACACAGCUAAGAAAUUAGAAAUCACAAGAGAACAACAGGAUGAAUAUGCUAUAAACAGCUACAAAAGAAGUGCAGCAGCUUAUGAAAAUAAGGCAUUUGCUGAUGAACUAGUACCAGUAAGUGUACCACAGAGAAGAGGAGCUCCUCCAGUUAUAUUCUCUGAAGAUGAGGAGUACAAAAGGGUUAAUUUCGAGAAAUUCACUAAGCUUGCAACAGUAUUUCAAAAAGAAAAUGGCACAGUAACAGCUGGAAAUGCAUCUACUCUCAAUGAUGGUGCUGCUGCAUUGGUUUUAAUGACAGCCGAAGCUGCACAAAGACUUAAAGUAACACCCAUUGCUAAAAUAGUUGGUUUUGCUGAUGGGGAGUGUGACCCAAUUGAUUUCCCAAUUGCUCCAGCUGUGGCUAUUCCUAAGCUAUUAGAAAAGACUGGUGUCAGUAAAGAUGACGUAGCCCUCUGGGAGAUUAAUGAGGCAUUUAGCACAGUGGCUAUUGCUAAUCAAAAGCUUUUGGAUAUAGAUCCUGCCAAGAUUAAUGUUCAUGGUGGUGCUGUCAGCCUAGGGCACCCAAUAGGAAUGUCUGGAGCUAGAAUUGUUGUACAUCUAUGCCAUGCACUUAAAAAAGGAGAAAAGGGUGUGGCAUCUAUCUGUAAUGGCGGUGGUGGUGCUUCAUCUAUCAUGAUUGAGAAAUUACCUGAAGCCGCUGUUGGUGUACCAGUUGUAACAUUGUAUACUAAAGAUCCAUGUCCUCUCUGCGACAUUGUUGUUGAAGAAUUAGAGCCAUAUAAAAAUAGAAUUAGAAUUGAAAAAGUUUAUAUAACAGAUAAGGAAAACUUAAGGUGGCUUCGGUUAUACAGAUAUGAUAUACCAGUUCUCUUUUUAAAUGGUAAAUUUUUAUGUAUGCAUAGGCUCCAAAAAGAUUUAUUAGACAGAAGGUUACAUAUGAUUGAAAAUGAAAUAUAA